UACAGUUUUAUUCAAUUGAUGGAAUAUUAAUUCAGAGGGAAAUGUGUAAACCUUAAAUGUGUAGUAAUAUUGUUACUCUGCAUUGAUAGUUACUGAUAUAUUUGGGGUUCAUAUACAAUAACGUGAACGUCGAUAUUUAUUCGAUGCAGCGGAAGCAGUUUGUUCAAACGUAGCUUUUAUUUUGAGCCUUUAUUUUGAAACGGAAGCCCCAUCGGUUAUGAUCCAGUGAAGCGUGAGAUUUCUCCUCCCAGAGCUCCCAGUGUGACUGAGGGCGGCUCCGGACCUCAGUGGUUCACGUACCGGGACAGAGACCUGCAGAGACCAGAAGCCGGACGCGGACAGAGACCACAAAUUGGUCCAGGGUGGAGACCAGAACCCGGAUCGGAUCAGAGAUGGACCGCUGCUGUCUUUUCGUUGCAGUAGGUCAGUGAUGGCCGCCAGGCUUCCUGGACGUGGAGGAGACCGAGUCAGAUCUGGAGCCCAUGUUGGUCAUCAUGGCCUUGCUGGACGGAAACACUGCUGUUGAGAUACUUCUGGCUGCGAUUCUUCUGGAGAGGUACCUGGACACCUUCCAUGGAGCCGGUCUCCUCUCGGCUCGAGACUUUACACACCUGGACAACGAUGCGUUUGUCAGUCUGGGAAUAACUGCCACUGGACACAGGAAGAGAAUCCUACGAUUGGUCCGUCACCUCCAGCGGAUGGAGAGCCAGAGAGCCAAUCAGAAAGCUAAUCCCCCACGGGACCGCUGUCAGUCUGUGUCGGACGUGUCCUCCUCACAGCGAGCUCACGGUCGGUCGCCAGGACCCAUAAACUUUGAGGCGUUCAGGAACUGCUCGGCUCCAAACCUGGCCGACAUGUUGACCGGCCGUGAGGGCAGCCGCCCUUUGGUGAAGCCGGUUCCCAAACCUAGAACCGUCUUUAACCGGCGGAGGACCGCUCCCGUCCACUUCUGUGCAACGACAGACGCGCCGCCGCCCUCCAGAAGGCUUUCCCAGGACUCCAUCUUUUUUUCUGUGUCGGAGGGUAUGACCUCAGGGGACACGCCCACAUCCGACCACAGCUUCACCUCCAAGUCGACCGCGAGUCAGGCGGAGCGGAGGAAGCCGGGUCGCAGCUUGUCGCUGUCAGACGCCAGAGGGUCGUUGCCCCCUGUUCCUCCGAGACUGAACCGCGGGGUCUCCUCCGCCAAGUUCCAGGGGUCCCCAUCCUCAUCCUCAUCCUCCUCAUCUUCACCUGUACGGACUGAGCAGAUCCAGACACAUCCCGUGACUUUCUCUUCCGGUAGUCUUGACGACAGCCAGCUCUCUGAAUCCCCCGGUUCACCCCGAGGUGGUGGCAUGGAGAUGGUCUCCAAUGAAAUCUACUGGGGGACUUCACCUGGCUCUACUGCCCCCGUUGCGGGGAGGAGUUACUACGGCCAGCAGUCAGCUCCUCCCACUCCACCAAGACAAACACCUGAGAGGAACAGCGGCAGCACUUUGAGUAACAACUCUUCCGGAUCAGCUCCAGCUUCAACACACGAUCAGGAGGAGAUCAGCCCCUACUGUGAGACGGUGUUCCAGAGCAGGAGACACCCACUCCCCUGCGAGAGUGAAAGAAGACGAUUGGAGGACAAACUAGCAGAGGAUCAUGGGCCCCAGAAGUUCUCCUGGACCAAGUGUCUGUCCCAGGCUCUCCACUCUGGAGACUCUCAGGGUUACAGCACCGUGGGAGAACCUCCUCAUCCGGCCCGAUACCUCUCCCUGCCCACCCACAGCUUCUCCCCCGAGGCCGACGAAGACCUCACCAUCUCCCCCUAUGCAAGCUACGCCUCGCUGACAGAGAGAUCCCUGCCCAUCAUCAGCAGCUGGCUGGACAAACUGUCUCCACAGGGGAACUAUGUUUUCCAGAAGCGCUACGUGAAGUUUGAUGGAAAAAACUUGAUGUACUUUGGCAGUGAGAAGGACGUCUAUGCCAAAGGAGUGAUCCCAUUGGCUGCCAUUCAGAUGGCCCGCCCAGCCAAGGACAACAAGUUUGAAGUGGUGACAAGUCACAGGAUCUUUGUCUUCAGGACUGAUAAUGAAGCGCUGAGGCGCCGGUGGGUCGGUACCCUGCAGGAACACGUCAGAGAUCAGCUGGUGUUUGGUCAGCGGCCCUUUGGUCCCGGUUCUCACUGUCAAAGACACGGAGUUCUGGAGCUCAAAGGAACCAAGUCCAAGGUGUACGCUGCCAUUAACACAGAGCAGAUCUGGAUCUACAAGAGUGAGCUGUGUUUCCGUAAUAGAAUCGGCAUCACGGUGAUUGAAGCUCGUGGAGCGACCAUCAGAGACGGAAAACACAAGAGCUUCGACCUUAUCACUCCGUACAAAAACCUCAGCUUCACGGCUGAGUCAGACCGGGAGAAGCGUGACUGGAUGGAGGCGCUGCAGGAGGCCAUCGCAGAGACGCUGUCGGACUACGAGGUGGCCGAGAAGAUCUGGUCCAACCGGUCCAACAGGACCUGUGCCGACUGCAGGGCCCCGAACCCGGACUGGGCCUCCAUCAACCUUUGUGUGGUCAUCUGCAAGAACUGUGCAGGGCAGCACAGAGGUCUGGGGACGAUGGUCUCGAAGGUUCAGAGCUUGAAACUGGACACCAGCGUGUGGAGCAACGAGAUCGUGCAGCUGUUCAUCAUGCUUGGGAACGACCGUGCCAACGAGUUCUGGGCCGCCCGGCUGCCGGCGACGGAGGAACUGGACGCUGACGCGUCUCCAGAUCAGAGGAGAGACUUCAUCUCCCAGAAGUACCGAGAGGGCAGGUACCGACUUCCCCAUCCUGGAUUCAACAGCCAGGAGGAGCUGCUCAAGGUCUUAUGCUCCGCGGUCUCUGAACAAACUCUUCUGAAAACUGUCAGUCACAUUUUCGCUGAGGCGGAGUCAGUUCAUUUCUCAGAUGCCUCCAAUGGCUGCCAGCGACAUCAUCACCAGCUGGAAUCAGACCUCAGCGUGUACGACGAGAUCAUGCAGCCAGUCCUUCACUCAGGUUACCUCUACAAGUCCUCCUCGGUCCACAGGGGGACGCUGUCCAGGAAGACCAGAGAAGAUUUCCAGAAGUUCUGGUGCACCGUGGACCGCUCUCUGGUCCUCUACGAGUCGGACCGCUCCUCCGAUCCCUGCCUUCAGAUAAGCGUGAAGGACAUUGUGUGUCUGGGGGUCAGUCGCCCCGAUUCCUCCAACAACAGCAGCGGCUUCAUUGACAGGUUCCGUUACACCUUCGAGUUGUAUCUUACUUCAGAGAAACUUUACCAGUUUGGUUUGGAGACGGCUAACGUUCUGCACAGCUGGACCCAAUCCAUCGGGAAGGCCUCCACCCCCCUCAGCUGUCACUGCCUGCUGACCCGGGAGUUUGAGCGCGUUGGCCUGCUGCGAUACCGAGCAAUGCUGGACCCACAGCGGUGGAAGGAGGCCUUCUUUGUCCUGCAGAAGUCAAACCUCUUCAUCUGCCCCCGAACCGACGGGGCAGCGGAGGACAUCAUCAACCUGAACUGCCUGCAGGAACUCAGUGUCACCUUCGAGACAGAGAACCACGAAAAGAAGGACAUCCUGGUCCUAGUAGAAAAGGGAAGGACUCUGCACCUGCAGGGCGUGGGCCGCAUGGACUUCUCUCUGUGGUACUCGGACAUCCAGCGGGCGGCCGGAGGCAAAGGGAACGCUCUGAGGGAGCAGCAGCUGAGCAGGAACGACAUCCCCAUUAUCGUGGACAGCUGCCUGGCCUUCAUCACACAGUACGGUCUUGGCCAUGAGGGGAUCUACAGGAAGAACGGGGCCAACUCCAGAAUCAAGCUCCUGAUGGAGGAGUUCCGUAAAGACGCCCGAAACGUGAAGCUGAGAAUCGGAGACCACUUCAUCGAGGACGUGACGGACGUCCUUAAGAGGUUCUUCAGGGAAGUGGAGGACCCCGUCUUCAUGGCCGACCUCCACUCGCUGUGGCAGGGGGCUGCCAAAAUCCCCCAGAAGGGUCAGGGACUGGACCGCUACAAGGAGAUCAUUCAGAGUUUCCCUGGGGUCAACCGCCCCACGCUGGCAGCUGUGUUCGGCCCCCUGUACAGGGUCCAGAAGUGUGCCGAUCUGAACCAGAUGUGCACCAAGAACCUGUCGCUGCUGUUUGCUCCCAGUCUGUUCCAGACGGACGGGAAGGGGGAGCAUGAGGUGAAGAUUAUCGAGGACCUCAUCGACAACUAUCUGUACCUCUUUGAUAUCGAUGAGGAGCAUCAGACUCAGAUCGAGCUGGAGAUCAGCCUCAUCACCACCUGGAAGGACACUCAGCUUUCUCAGGCAGGUGACCUGAUCAUUGAGGUCUAUCUGGAGAAGAAGACUCCAGACUGCUGCAUCACUCUCAAAGUGUCUCCCACCAUGAGUGCCGAGGAGCUGACCAAUCAGGUUCUGUUCAUGAGGAACGUCCCGGCCGGGGACAAAGACUUGUGGAUGACGUUUGAAGCAAUGGAAGACGGACAGCUGGAGCGUCCGUUACACCCCAAAGAGAGAGUCCUGGAGCAGGCUCUGCAGUGGUGCAAAAUGGCCGACCCAAGCUCCGCCUACCUGGUGGUGAAGAGAGUUCCUAAAGGAGAAGGAAUCACCCUGCUCACCUCCUAUAAGAGUGAGAUCAUGAAGAUCGGUCUCCUGAGGUGUCGAGAAGAACCUCCAAAGCUCCUUCAGGGCAACAAGUUCCAGGAAAGGACGUUCCAGAUCAUAAACCACAAGCUGCUGCUGCUCAAGGACAAGAAGAGCAUCAAGCCAGAGAAGGAGUGGUCUCUGAAGUCCAUGAAGAUCUACAUCGGCAUCCGCAGGAAACUCAAGGCUCCGACCAGGUGGGGAUUCACAGUGAUGUCACACAAACACCAGCUGUUUCUCUGCUGCAGCUGUGAGGACGAUAUGUGGGACUGGAUCACCAGCUUCCUCAAGGCUCAGAAUGAUGACCCUGGUCCUCCGGUUCUGAGACGUCACUUGUCCUCGGACAUCUCCAAGCACAAGUUUGGCACGAUGCCGCUCGUCCCCAUCAGAGGAGACGAGAGCAACAGCAGCAUGCUGUCGGCCAAUCAGACGCUGAGAAAGUUACACGACAGAAGGACUCUCUCCAUGUACUUUCCCAUGAAGGUGCAGAAGGACUCCUUCGAGGAGCGCUCCCAGUCUCCUGGUCUCCCCGAGCCGCUCUACGAGGAGGUCGGGGACUUUGGCCUUCAAGUUCUCAAAUCAUUGGAGACCAGUUUCCUGUCCAGCAGCACCGCGGAGACCCAGGAGGUCCCGGACCUCCGGCUGGUUCCCAUGGAGACCGGACACUCGAGCCGCACCAUCAUCCCAGAGGUGGCUCAGACCGCCGGCGCCAUGGUGGACUCUCUGGAUCAGAGCAGAGGAGGAGGAGGAGGAACAGGAGCUGACUGCAGCUCCGCAGCUGGGAGGAGGAAGGAGCAGCUGCAAGGAGUGUGUACACCAUCACAGGAGCUCCUGCUGCAGGAGCUGUCCUCUGCUUUCACCAGGAAGGAGGAGGAAGUGGAAGAGGAUGACGUCUGACAGCUCAGCAAACAUCAUGAGGGGUCAGGAGGAAGGAGUCCACUAACCACUAACGUUUCCCUGAUCAAUAACCUCGCUAAUACAUCACACACACCAGGAGGAGAUAUCAUCACAUCAUAUUUAGGACGCAUUCUGAUUCCUAGCCUGCUGGGAUUGGCUGAGAGGUCACCUGACCUGAGGACAUCACUGCUGCAUGUGUCUGGAAGCCUGAAGGAACCUUCUGGAGUUUAUUAUCUCAAGUUACAUUAUUUUACAUUUGAUAUUUUGGUAUAAUACGUACUUCAUUUAUUUGUAUUCUCUUUAUGCCAAAUAACAAAGUGUCGUCUUCUCUUCAAAAUAAAGAUGGUCUUCUUCAUAUUCUAUCA